CUCCACCUGAAACCAUCGUGUCUCACGCUUUCGUGGAAACACGAGCUAUAUAAGAGCCAAUAGAGCUCGCGCCACCCAGUCAGUAUUUUGAGUUUUGUUUUCCGCACGUGAAGCGCGGUAACUUUCGUUUUCCCCACGUCGGGGUGACGUAACGCCCCCUCGCGCUCGGGUCGGGUCGGGUCGGUUGUCAGAACGGAUUCGCAACCGGCCAGCAGCGUCUCGACAGAAAUGGCCCGACGCACCGCGUCCCUCGUGCCUCGCUGGACCUCCCGGGUGUCCUCCGUGGAGCUGGACGGCGCGCCUUUCUACUUUGCGUCCCGAGAGAAGCACCGGGGCGAAGAGGCGCCGCGGCUCUUCGGAGAGGCGCGCGGCGGCCACGCGAGGCUCUACUCUCUCAUCGUCUGCAGCGGCGACAGAAUCACGCGGGCCAAGUUCCACGGAGAGCUGAGAGACAGGCUGUUGCGGGAGUUGCCCCCUGGGUGCCAUUUGUCUCCCAUGUCCUCGUUUGUGCCAGAUGUCAGGGAUUCCCUCUUGAAGGGGUACUUUUUGAGAGACAGCUCGCGGGGCUCAUCCCCGACGGAGAGACUUUUGAGGGACAUGUCACAACGGGAUCCGGUGUCAGUGUGUUCGUACUUGAAGUGUGAGGAGGGUCAACUGUGGACUCAGCGUCUGUGGUCUCCUCCUGGCAGCCCGGAAAUGUCCGAGGACUACUACGUGGUCCCCUCAGAGGCGCCAGAAUGUCACCCGUCGACGCUCAACAUCAUCAACUCCGACGUCUUCUACGGUUUCGAGGAGGCCCGUGACGUCAUAAAACAGUGCGGUGACAUCAUCCCGGAGGCCGCGUCUGUGCUGGAGCUGCUGCACAGCAGAGCGGAGGCCAGAAGUAAACCAGACUUCCCUGUUAUUGUCGUAGAGGGCCUGGAUGCCACAGGGAAGACCACUCUGACUGAGUCUCUGAGGGAUGCUCUUGGGGCGACUCUGUUACGCUCCCCUCCCCAGUGCCUGUCCCCCACGAGGGCCCGCUUUGACGGGGAGCCGCCGCUCAUCCGCAGGGCCUUCUAUGCUCUGGGGAACUACAUCACAGCCGAGCAGAUAGGCCAGGAGGGCACGAAGAAACCCGUCAUCGUUGACAGAUUCUGGCACAGCACAGCAGCGUACGCCAUCGCCACAGCGGUGAGCGGCCAAGUGUGCAACCUUCCAGCAGAGGGCUCGGAGAUUUACCGUUGGCCCGGUGACCUGCUCCAGCCGAGCCUCGUGGUCCUGCUCACCCUGGACCCCGAGGAGAGGAAGACGAGACUGAGGAACAGAGGUCAAGGAAAGACGGAAGAGGAGGAAGAGCUGGACCAAAAUCAGCUCUUUAGAAUCAAAGUGGAGACGGCUUACCAGAGGAUCACUGGCCCGGCGUUUGUCACUGUGGAUGCUAGUCCUUCUGCAGACCAAGUGCUUCAGCAAGUGCUGCGUUUAAUUAGGGCCAAAUGCCACUUGUAAACAGUUUUCCAUCUCUCCUGCUGUCAGCCAAGCAUCAAGUGGGUGCAGUACCUCCUUCCACCGCUGGGUGCCAGUAAGGUGUCGCGAAUGCACUGGCAGGAGGCGUUGUGGCCAGACUGGAGUGUGGAGAAGAGAUUUAUUUUCAGAAUGAGUAAAGGUUGAAUGGCUAGGGGCCAGGACUGCAUGCUACAAUCAGAAAUACAUAUUCAUACACACAUGCAUGCACUGAUAUUGACACACACACACACACAUAUUGUAAAGACGUGUGCACAUGCAGUCUCUGCUGUUGUGACCUCUCAGAAAUGAGUGUUGCCACACUUAUUGACUAACACUUGUAUUUGGACCAACAUGGAGGAGAUGGAUAGCAAUAUUUUUAUAAACGCCAGUGUGUUAGAUGUCAUCAAAGCCCACAAACCAACCAAAAUGUAUAUGUAGGCAUGUAUGUAAUGUAAAGUAUUUUAAAAAUAUGUUUCAAAUAAAAAAAUGGAACUAUU